UUUGAAGUUUGUGGUUGAAGAGUAUAAUAAGUCCACAACACUUGGAAAACCAUCCCUCCAUUUGUUGCCUCUCCCUCUUCUCUCAAACAGAGAAAUUACAAAUGAUUUCUUAUUUCUCUUUCAUUCUUCUUCUUCUUCUUCUUCUUAAAGAUCGCUCCAUGAGAAAUGUCUAUGAAUUAUGAGAACCAAACUUAUGUAUGCGAAACUGUUCAAGGCCUUCGAGUUGAUGAUCCAUGGCUAUAUCUAUUCCAAUUCUCUAUAAAAUCCCCUUCUUCUCUCCUCUUAUUACAACUCUCUGCAAUUUCCAUAGUCUCCCAACUCAUGGAAUUCCUUCUCAAACCCCUCGGACAAUCCACCGUCGUCUCUCAUAUCUUUGGUGGCAUCCUCUUGGGUCCAUCAUUCUUAGGGCAAAAAGAUGAGAUAGCAAGAACGUUGUUCCCCGAACGAGGGAACAUAACGUUGGAAACUUUUGGAACUUUUGGCCUCAUGUUCUUCCUCUUUGUAAUGGGAGUGAAGAUUGAUGCGACAGUGAUGUUGCGGCCGGGGCGACAAGCGAUGAUUGUAGGUUUGUUUGUGUUCCUUAUCACCUUAACCUUACCACUCAUGUUUGUCUUCAUUCUGAAGCAUUCCCUCCCAGCGGAGCACCACAUCACCAACUCUCUUUACCUUUUAGCUUUGUCUCAAACCUUGAUUGGCUCUCCCGUUAUCGCUUGUCUAUUAACCGAGCUCAAAAUCUUGAACACUGACAUUGGCCGCCUAGCACUUUCUUCAUCCAUGUUCUGUGACGUAUUAGGCAUGCUUACAACAGUCGCUACCUUAUCAUACACAGAGAACAAGAAAGGCAAUGGUCAAACUCCAAUAUAUUCACUAAUAUCAUCAUGUGCACUUACCGCUGCCAUGGUCUAUGUCUUCAAGCCUAUAAUUCUUUGGAUGCUGAAGCGAUUUCAAGAACGAAAAUUGAUGCAAGAGAUCUUUAUUAUCUGGAUAUUCCUUCUCGUGUUGUUUGCUGGGUUUCUGAGUGAAAUCAUAGGGCAACAUUAUUUCUUGGGGCCAUUGGUUCUUGGCUUGGUUGUGCCAGAUGGUCCUCCAUUGGGGGCUACCAUUGUUUCCAAAGUAGAAACUUUAGCUUCAAGACUGUUCUAUCCAACUUUUCUGGCUGUCAGUGGAUUGCAAACCAAUAUCUUCAUUAUCAAAAUUCAGGCUUCUUGGGUUGUUGGAAUUGUUCUUCUGUUUUCCUGCACUGUUAAGUUUGGAGCAGUGAUGUUGCCUGCAAGAUACAUCAAUCUGCUACGCGGAGAUGCUUUGGUUCUUGGCCUUAUUCUGAAUGCUAGAGGGUUCUUGCAAUUGAUUCUUUUUAAUUUCUGGAAGCAUGGUCAGGUGAUUUCAGAUGAAGAGUUUGCUUUAUCUGUUAUCUCGGUGGUGGUUAUAACAGCCAUCGUAACACCGUUAAUCAAAUUUCUUUAUGAUCCAUCAAAACGCUACUUCUCAUCAUCAAGAUGUACAAUUCAACAUUUGAAGCCGGAAUCUGAGUUUCGAGUCUUGGUCUGCAUUCACCAUCAUGACAACAUCCCCACCGUCAUUAACCUCCUCGAGGUGUCCUAUGCUUCAAGGGACAGCCCAUUGGUUGCCAUAGCUUUAAUCUUGGUUGAGCUCAUCGGGAGAUGCAACCCGGUUCUUAUAGCACACCAACCCGAUUGCACGCUGGAGAGAUCUUCGUCCAAAGCAACCCACAUUAUCAAUGCCUUGAGGCAAUAUGAAGAUCACAAUGCAGGCUAUGCUACUGUCGAUGCUUUCACUGCAAUAUCGCCUUACGAUCUUAUGCACGACGAUGUUUGUAGACUCGCGUUCGACAAGAGGGCCACCAUUGCCAUUCUUCCUUUCCACAAGCAAUGGGCGAUUGAUGGCUCGAUUGGGAAGGUGAACCGAGCCAUCCAGAAUAUGAACAUACGAAUCCUUGAAAUGGCACCAUGUUCUAUUGGAAUUCUAGUAGAUAGGGGAGUUUUGACUAAGCAAAUCUCUGUCUUGACUACUCGAACUCCAUAUCAUAUUGCAGUGUUGUUCAUUGGUGGUCCGGACGAUGCGGAGUCAUUGGCAUUAGGAGCUCGUAUGGCGAAGCAUCACAUUGUCGACUUAACCAUCAUCCGGUUCCUACUGUUUGGAGCUGAAAACAGCAAGAGUAGGAAGCAUGACACUGAGUUGAUCCAUGAAUAUAGACAAGCCAACUUGGGGAAUGAGCAUUUUGUGGUUGUGGAAGAGAUGGUGAGAGAUGGCUCUGGUUUGGCUGCAUCCAUUAGAGGCAUGGAGGAUUGCUUUGACUUAAUAAUCACCGGUCGACGACACGAGGAGAACCCCAUUCUCGACGGCCUUCACCAAUGGAGUGAGUGUCCGGAGCUCGGGGUGGUCGGCGACAUACUUGCAUCGUCGGACUUCGGGAGCUCGUUGACUGUGUUGGUGGUGCAGCAACAACGGUUAAGAGGGAGAUUUUCAGGUCGAAAGAUGAUGAAUAGCGGCCUUGUUCAUGAUGCUCCACCAGGAGCCUGGUCUAUAAUGAUGGAUAGAUGAAAUGGAGCAUAGCUACAAAAUCCUCUUUUUUCUUUUCUUUUCUUUCUCUUAGUCUUUUUUUGUAAAUUUAUUGUAAUUCACUAACCAUUUCGAAAGGUGAUAAAUUUAGGAAAUAUAUCAUGGGUUAGCUUGAAGCUCUCCUUUGUAGAAUUUUUUA